AUGUAUUGGGAAAGUGAACCGUAUCGUAAAUCCGAUUUUAAGAACAGAAGAGAUGAUGCAUAUAGAUUUUAUGAUACACUUACGCCGUUUCGGCAUUUGUUUUACCAUUGGGCCGCCAAAUGGGUUUUUUUAGUGACGAAACGCAAUAUUGAACCAUAUAAGUAUCAUCCAUUGCCUGUAUCUGACCAGAUAUUACGUUGGCACCCAAUCUUUUCUAAACACAUCACCGAUAGUUUAAUCAGAUUGGAACGUUAUGAGGUAUAUGGAUCUAAAUCUGGUUCUAAACCGCCAAAGUCAAUAUUAUGCCGUGCCCUUUUCUUAACAUUUUGGAAGCGAUUCCUUGUUUUAAGUUUAGGUUUGGUUGUCACUAAUGUUUUAAGUAUGAGCAUAGUAAUUUUAGUUCAAAAGCUUCUUAAGUUUUUGAGUGAUGAGUCUAUAAAAAUACCUAAAGCAUUUGGACUAUUGGCAGCUAUUGUAGAUAUAUUCCUACAACAGGGUACAAUUAGAUCCAACAUUGUAUUUGGUUAUAAGUUUGAUGAACAACUGUACAACACUGUGCUGAAGGCUGUUGAACUAGAACUUGACAUAUCAACCUGGGAUAAGGGUGACCUCAGAGUAGUGUCAGAUAAUGCACAUUCACUCAGUGGACGUCAGAGAGUGAGAGUGGAGUUGGCUCGUGCAAUAUAUGCUUAUUUGGUGUUCCAUAAAGUCAACAAGGAGUAUAAUAACAGCAAGUGUUCGUUCUUAAUGUGUUUGGAUGCCUCGUUCCAGUGCCUUGAUCCCUACGUAAUUAAGAUUAUGUUCAAUAACCUGUUUAAUGUAAAAACUGGAUUAUUGGUAAAGGAUGACCUGUCAGUUGUUUUAACCGCAUCUAAACAAAGUCUUGAAACAUCUCUCAAAUCGACUGAUUUAAGUGUAUACUAUAAUGUUCCAGUUUAUGAAGUUAAGGACGAAUCAUUGAAAUUCUGUGCACAUUUACAUGAUUUUGUUAAAAAUAUAAAAAGAACUGUCGAGUUUAAUUAUCUGUCACCACUAGAUCAACCGUGCCAGUUGAAUGCAAUGACAAAGGAUAUGUUAAGUCUAUGUUCUUCAGGAUCCAGUAGUAGACUAGGUCGUGUGGAAGUUACCAAAUCGUUAUAUUCUAUCUCAUUCAAAUCUGUAUCUGACAAGUUAUUAGGAGGUGCUAAAUUAAACCCAUAUAAGAUAGUCCUUUCUCCCGCCCUGUUCCUAUUCAUUUUGUACAUUGUGUUGUAUAUUGGAAUUAAUGUUAUGGAUAGUAUAAAAUAUGUCUUGUCAACAAGGUUGUCUGAUUACAUAUCUAAUAAUAUUAAUGACUAUAAGAAUGGUGUUCAAAUUGAUUUUGAUAAAAUAAAAACACACAGUAAGUUUUCAUUUAAAAUUAUCACAAUGUUUGUUUCAAUAAUAAUGAUUAUAUCAUUUAUAGCAACCAUUUCCAUAACCAUAGCUUGUUAUACGUUAUCUCGUAAACUGAGUGAAUAUUGUGUGAAUUCAAUCUUUAAAAAUAGUUCGUCGGUAGUUAAAAUCAAGAAACAUGUUAGUCAUAUGAUGACAUAUUUCUCGUGUGAUAUUAUGAAUAUCGAUGACGUUUUUGGUAUUUUUUUAUCUUUAUUUUUACUUUCAUCGAUGCAACUUCUCAUUAACAUAAUUACACUGUUUUAUCUUAUACCGAUUGCCAUACCAUUUUUUGCUCUUGCACUAUUAUUUAUUCUAUAUUUGUUGGUAAAAUUUGUGUUUGCUACUAAAAUGAUGUACUUUACAUAUUAUGAAACUUGUUUACAUGUUAACUCUGUCAUAGAAGAUGCUAUAUCUGGAUCAUCGGUUAACAGGAGUUUUAAAAAAGAUUCAGAUUAUGAAAUAAGGUUUUAUGAACAACGUGAUUAUAAGACUAGGUGUCGUUUUUUGAUUAAUGGUGUAACAGCUUGGAUAUCAUUAACUUUUAAUUGGAUAUUCUCAUCCACAACAUUCAUUGUUCUUGUUAUUCCCAUUGUGUUGGAUAAGUAUACCAAAUAUAAUAUGAGUGUUGGAUAUUUCGGUUUGGCGAUUUCUUUAUGUUCAAAUGUUCUUAAAUCAUUCAACUUCUUUGCAGUGAUGUAUUCGUAUAUAGAAAAGAUUUUGGUUCCCGUUGAAAGAUUUAAAUAUUUUGUUCCUCCUGGCCAGGGAUUAGUUUUUGACAGAUUCCACAAUAUUCAUGAAGAAUUUAUUAUUAAUCCUAACCGGAAAGGUGUUACUGUAAAUAAAAAUCAAUUGUUAAAGAGGAGAGCUGCUGAGUUUAAGCUUGAGAAUAAGAAAUUGUGUGGUAUACAAAAAAUGUUAUAUAAUCCUAAAAUACACAUUUUAGAUGUUGAAUCUUUUAUGAAUUCAUAUCAUUCGGGAGUUGAAAUAAAAGAUGUGUGUGUCUAUUCAAUAAAUAUACAUACCCCAGAGAAUAUGAUUCUAACACACCUCACAGUGUCAGCUCAUAAAGCAGAGAUUAUUGGUAUAGUAGGAAGAUCGGGUGCUGGCAAGACAACCCUGUUGUCAGUACUACAGAACAUAAUUGAAAACAGAACAGGCCAAGUAAUGUUGGAUGGUAAAGACCUGAAUGAUAUCCCCAAGGUUGUCCUUCGACAAAUCAUAGGUGUGUUGCCACAACUGCCUUUUGUAUUUAAGGGUUGGACUGUGCGUAGAUUUUUAGAUCCUAGAAGAUUGUUCAGUGACGCCGAUAUAAACGACGCCUUAAAUAAGUGUGGUCUUUUGAACUUCGUUAACGAGCUUCCUGGAGCUAAUAAGUUGGAUAGUAUUUUGGUACCUGAGGAGCCUCUUUUGUAUCAUCAGAAAACAAAAGGUGCUCAAUCCAUCACAAAGAAAUAUACUAAACCUGGAGAUGAAAGUGAUAUGUUACUAUCUACUACUCAACUCAGAACACUGUCAUUGGCAAGAUUAGUACUGUACAGGGACUUCUUUAGAAUAAUAAUAGUAGAUGAACCCCCGGAGGAAGAUGUUAACGAAGAAGCAAGUUCAAGAAAAGAUGAAUUGGAAGUUCCCGUAUACGAUUUAUUACAUAAAUAUUUCAACCACUGUACGACGUUCGUCACUGCACACGAUGUUAAAGUCUUGAAAACUUGUACCUCGGUAUGGGUGAUACACGAAGGUUCACUAGUUAAAACUUGUAAAGCCAGUGAUAUCGCAGCAAAUGAGUCUAUCGCAUCAAUUAUUGAAGAAUGUGUAAAAUAUUCAUAA